AUGACUGGCCGGUUCGUCUCCGGCGGAACCAUUGCCGCCGGCGAGACGGAGGCCAGCGCGAGCCACCCUCCCGCUGCGCCGGCGACCGCGCCGGCGUCCGCCCCCUCCACGUCUGACGCGCUCGGCGGCAGCAAGGCGGCCGAGUGGGAGAGGGUGCAGCAGCAGCUGGAGGCGGACCGCCGGCGACGCGAAGAGGCGCGGGCGCGAGCGGCGACCGCCGGGGAGGGCUCUGGGGAGCGCAGCCUGUACGACACGCUGCAGGCCAACAAGGCGGCGAAGGAGGCGGCGGCGGCGGAGGCGGCGCGGCUGACGAACCAGUUCCGGGCGCUGGACGACGACGAGGUGGCGUUCCUGGACGAGGUGGCGGCGCGGCGGCGACGCGAGGAGGAGAGCGUGCGAAGGGAGACGGAGGCCGGGCUGGAGGCAUUUCGGCGCGCGGCGAGGAAGGAGGUGGUGGUGGCGAAGGGGGACGAGGAGGAGGAUGAGGAGGAGUGGGGGACGAGGAAGAGGAAGUGGAAGGAGAAGGAUGAUGUUGCAGGUGGGUUGGUGAGGAAAAAGGUGAGCGUAGGAGAGGAGGGGAGGAAAACGGGUGAGAAGAAGAAGGACGAGGAGGAGAAGGAGAAGCAACCGAAGAAGAAGAUGGAGAAGAAGGAAGAGCCUGGCACUACGAAAAAGGCGACGCUGGCGUUGGUUGAUUAUGGCUCGGACAGCGACGAAUGA